AAGAGGGAGAGGGAGACCGGGACGAGAGCGGGGCUGUGGUACCGAGAGAGGCUGAGACGGAAAAGAGGAGAGGGAGAGAGGGCGCGGGGACUGUCAGCAGCGCCUUAGCUAUAGUCUUUCAGUUGUCCUCAGGAGAAAGGAAGAGGGAGGGAGGAGUCCAGGGCGGGAGUGGGGGCUGUCACUCUCGGACCCCGGCGUGAGUGGGGCCGUGCUGCCGGACAUCCUCGGGGUGGGCCCCCGGUAGGUUGCCGAAGACCUGGGGCUCAGGCCCCUGGGUCCAAAAUUUCCGGGCUUGGCCCCUCGCUUCUCUAAUACCCAGGUAUCAGUCCUCAUAUUCCAGCUAUCUGGAACUCGGGUCCCAACCUCUAAAAACCUGGGUCUCUGUUUUAUAGAAUUUCAAAUAUCUGGGGUUCAGGCCCCCGCGUGCACCAGUAUCCGGGGUUCAUUCCCCAGGCCUGCAAAUAUCGGAUUCAUUUUUUCCCCGUGCAAAUAUACGGGGUUCAUACCCCACGAUCAAAUCCGGGAUUCAGCAACUGUCGCCCUCGAGUUGGGGGAGGACUGGACCGCGAGGUCAGAUCAGGUUGUCACCCCCUCCCCUCCAGGGGAGGCUUCCCGGGCCCGCCCCUCAGGAAGGGCGAAAACCGAGGAAGAGGUGGCAAGGGGAGAGGUCUCCUUGCCCCUCUCCCUGCUUGGCAGAGCCGCUGGAGGACUCCAGGCGGAAGCGGAGGCGCUGGGGCACCAUAGUGACCCCUACCAGGCCAGGCCCCACACUCAGGGGCCCCAGGGGCCACCAUGCCAGCUGGGGGCCGGGCUGGAAGCCUGAAGGACCCUGAUGUGGCUGAGCUCUUCUUCAAGGAUGACCCUGAAAAGCUCUUCUCUGACCUCCGAGAAAUUGGCCAUGGCAGCUUUGGAGCUGUGUACUUUGCCCGGGAUGUCCGGAAUAGUGAGGUGGUGGCCAUCAAGAAGAUGUCCUAUAGCGGAAAGCAAUCAAAUGAGAAAUGGCAGGACAUCAUUAAGGAGGUGCGGUUCUUACAGAAGCUCCGGCAUCCCAAUACCAUUCAGUACCGGGGCUGUUACCUGAGGGAGCACACAGCUUGGCUGGUGAUGGAGUAUUGCCUGGGCUCAGCUUCAGACCUUCUAGAAGUUCACAAGAAGCCUCUUCAGGAGGUAGAAAUUGCAGCUGUGACCCAUGGAGCACUCCAGGGCCUGGCGUAUCUGCACUCCCACAACAUGAUCCAUAGGGAUGUGAAGGCUGGAAACAUCCUACUCUCAGAGCCAGGCUUAGUGAAGCUGGGGGACUUUGGCUCCGCGUCCAUCAUGGCACCCGCCAACUCCUUUGUGGGCACCCCAUACUGGAUGGCUCCAGAGGUGAUCCUGGCAAUGGAUGAGGGGCAGUAUGAUGGCAAAGUAGAUGUCUGGUCCUUGGGGAUAACCUGCAUCGAGCUGGCGGAACGGAAACCACCGCUGUUUAACAUGAAUGCGAUGAGUGCCUUAUACCAUAUUGCACAGAAUGAGUCCCCCGUGCUCCAGUCAGGACACUGGUCUGAGUACUUCCGGAAUUUUGUUGACUCCUGUCUUCAGAAAAUCCCUCAAGACAGACCAACCUCAGAGGUUCUUCUGAAGCACCGCUUUGUGCUCCGGGAGCGGCCACCUACAGUCAUCAUGGACCUAAUCCAGAGGACCAAGGAUGCUGUGCGGGAACUGGACAACCUGCAGUACCGCAAGAUGAAGAAGAUCCUGUUCCAAGAGGCACCUAAUGGCCCUGGCGCUGAGGCCCCAGAAGAAGAGGAGCCCACGCCCUGUUCACAGGAAGCAGAGCCCUACAUGCACCGGGCGGGGACACUGACCAGUCUAGAGAGUAGCCACUCAGUGCCUAGCAUGUCCAUCAGCGCCUCCAGCCAGAGCAGCUCAGUCAACAGCCUAGCAGAUGCCUCAGACAAUGAGGAGGAUGAGGAAGAGGAGGAGGAAGAAGAGGAGGAAGAGGAAGGCCCUGAAGCCCGAGAGAUGGCCAUGAUGCAGGAGGGGGAGCACACAGUCACCUCCCACAGCUCCAUCAUCCACCGGCUGCCGGGCUCUGAUAACCUAUAUGAUGACCCCUACCAGCCAGAGAUAACCCCAGGCCCUCUCCAGCCACCUGCAGCCCCUGCUCCCACCUCCACCACCUCUUCUGCCCGCCGCCGAGCCUAUUGCCGCAACCGGGACCACUUUGCCACCAUCCGUACUGCCUCCCUGGUCAGCCGUCAGAUCCAGGAGCAUGAGCAGGACUCGGCCCUGCGGGAGCAGCUGAGUGGCUAUAAGCGGAUGAGGCGACAGCAUCAGAAGCAGCUGCUGGCCCUUGAGUCCCGGCUGAGGGGUGAACGUGAGGAGCAUAGUGCACGACUGCAGCGGGAACUUGAGGCACAGCGGGCUGGCUUUGGGGCUGAGGCUGAAAAGCUGGCCCGGAGGCACCAGGCCAUUGGUGAGAAGGAGGCACGAGCUGCCCAGGCUGAGGAACGAAAGUUCCAGCAGCACAUCCUUGGACAGCAGAAGAAGGAGCUAGCUGCCCUGCUGGAGGCACAGAAGCGCACCUACAAGCUUCGGAAGGAACAGCUAAAGGAGGAGCUCCAGGAGAACCCCAGCACACCUAAGCGGGAGAAGGCCGAGUGGCUUCUGCGGCAGAAGGAACAGCUACAGCAGUGCCAGGCAGAGGAGGAAGCAGGGCUGCUGAGGCGACAGCGCCAGUACUUCGAGCUGCAGUGUCGCCAGUACAAGCGCAAGAUGCUACUGGCACGUCACAGCCUCGACCAGGACCUACUGCGAGAGGACUUGAACAAGAAACAGACACAGAAGGACUUGGAGUGUGCACUGCUGCUGCGGCAGCAUGAGGCCACCCGAGAGCUGGAGCUACGGCAGCUCCAGGCCGUCCAGCGCACACGGGCUGAGCUCACCCGCCUGCAGCACCAGACGGAACUGGGCAAUCAGCUGGAGUACAACAAGCGACGUGAGCAAGAGUUGCGGCAGAAGCAUGCAGCCCAGGUUCGCCAGCAACCCAAGAGCCUCAAAGUACGUGCAGGCCAGCGCCCCCUGGGCCUCCCCAUUACUGGGGCUCUGGGACCACCCAGCACAGGCACCCCUAGUCAAGAGCAGCCCUGCUCAUCUGGCCAGGAGGCAGUCCUGGACCAAAGGAUUCUGGGAGAGGAGGAGGAAGCAGUGCCAGAGAGAAGGAUUCUGGGAAAGGAAGGGGCCACCUUGGAGCCAGAGGAGCAGAGGAUUUUGGGGGAAGGAGCAGGAACCCUUAGUCCCAGUCAACAAAAACAUAGGAGUCCAGUAAAUGAGGAAGAUUGGGAUCUGCCUGAGGAGGAGAUAGAGGAGCUUAGAGUUCCCUCACUGACACCCCAGGAGAGAAGCAUUAUUGGCCAGGAGGAGACUGGGGCAUGGGCACUGUGGGGGAAGGAGGAUGGGAGCCUUCUGGAUGAGGAGUUUGAUCUGGGCUGGGUCCAAGGUCCAGCACUGACACCAGUCCCUGAGGAGGAGGAAGAAGAGGAAGAGGGGGCUCCAAUUGGUACCCCUAGGGAUCCUGGAGAUGGCUGUCCUUCUCCAGACAUCCCUCCAGAGCCUCCUCCACCACACCUGAGGCCUGGUCCUGCUAGCCAGCUCCCUGGACUCCUGUCCCAUGGCCUUCUGGCUGGCCUCUCCUUUGCUGUGGGGUCCUCUUCUGGCCUCCUGCCCUUACUACUACUACUUCUGCUCCCACUGCUGGCAGCCCAGGGUGGAGGUGGCCUUCAGGCGGCUCUGCUGGCCCUUGAGGUGGGCCUGGUGGGCCUAGGGGCCUCUUACCUGCUCCUUUGUACAGCCCUGAACCUGCCUCCCAGUCUGUUCCUUCUCCUGGCCCAGUGCACCACACUAGGGGCUGUUCUGGGCCUGAGCUGGCGCCGAGGCCUUAUGGGUGUGCCUCUGGGCCUUGGGGCUGCCUGGCUUCUAGCUUGGCCAGGCUUGGCUCUACCUCUGGCAGCUAUGGCAGCUGGGGGCAAGUGGGUGCGGCAGCAGGGCCCUCGGAUGCGCCGGGGCAUCUCUCGUCUCUGGUUGCGGGUUCUGCUGCGUCUGUCGCCCAUGGUCUUCCGGGCCCUACAGGGCUGUGGGGCUGUGGGAGACCGGGGCCUGUUUGCACUGUACCCCAAGACCAACAAGGAUGGCUUCCGCAGCCGCCUGCCUGUCCCUGGGCCCCGGAGGGGCAAUCUCCGCACUGCUCAACACCCACUAGCCCUGUUGGCAAAGGUCUGGGCUCUGUGCAAGGGCUGGAACUGGCGCCUAGCACGGGCCAGCCAGGGCUUAGCCUCCUGCCUGCCUCCCUGGGCCAUUCACACACUGGCCAGCUGGGGGCUACUUCGGGGUGAAAGGCCUAGUCGGAUACCCCGGCUGCUACCACGCAACCAACGCAGAUUUGGGCCCCCUGCCUCCCGCCAGCCACAUUCAAGCACUCUAGCUGGGCGGAGAUCCCGGACUCGCCAAUUCCGGGCCCUGCCUCCCUGGAGGUAACCAACUCUAGCCCUUCCCCAGCCCAAAUCUAGAGCAUCAAGCACUUUAUCUCCCAUGACUCAGUGAAGUUUCUCCAGUCCCUGGUCCUCCCCUCCCUUUCACCCCACUCCUUCUUCAGUAUGUUCCCUCCCUCCCCCAAGCCAAGCCCAUUGACCUCUAGACAGGCAGCCACCUCCACCGCAGAGUCCAGAAGUCACACUUUGUGUUCUGCCCCCCUAAGUUAUUGCUGUGCUCCCGCUGUGUGUGUGCUCAUCCUCACCCUCAUCAAUGCAGGCCUGGGGCCAGGGGUGGUGCUGGGUGGGAAGAGUCAUGUUUUUUUUUGUUUUGUUUUGUUUUGUUUUUUUCUCCUCUUUGAU